AUGUCUGCGUCUGGUCUUGUCCAAGCCACGUCACCUGCCCAAGGUGUCAGGCUCAUCACCUUCACUAGGCCCGAGAAGCGGAACGCCCUUUCCCGACAGCUUCUCGACGAGUUCCUUGUUGAGCUGGAGGCGGCCUCAACAGAUCCGGCAGUUAAAGCCAUCGUCAUAACCGGCACCGGGACCUUCUUUUCAGCCGGCGCCGAUCUCAAAGACAUUGCCGACCUUGACUCCGCUGGUGCCCGAUCAUGUCGAUACCUGGAGAAUUUGUGCGUCGGCAUGACCGCUGUUCGCAAACCAUUGAUCGCAGCCGUCAAUGGACCAGCGCUUGGCGGCGGAUUCGAGGUGGCCUUGAUGUGUGACCUGAUUUUCGCCGCAAAGUCUGCAUAUUUCGCGCUUCCAGAAACGAAACGCGGACUUAUCCCCGGUGCGGGUGGCACCCAGCGAUUAACCGCUGCGGUUGGCAAGUUUCGAGCUAUGCGAACCAUUCUUACGGGCAAACCAAUUACGAGCGAGGAGGCAUUGUCAUGGGGCCUGUUAUGCGAGCUCAUGGAAGACGGUGUCUUGCUCCAGCAAACCAUUGUAGCCGCGACGGCGCUGACGACGCAUGGGGCAGAGGCGCUUGAAUUGGCCAAGGAGGCCAUCUGCAGAGCCGACGGCUUAUGCAGAGACGACCUAUUUGAACGACAGCUGUACUACACCACGUUCGGCACGGAAGAGAAGCGGAAGGGUGUGGAUGAGUUCCUGGCCAAGCGGGGCCGUUAA